AUGAGAAAGAAGCUUGAUACACGUUUCCCAGCGGCGCGAAUUAAAAAGAUAAUGCAGGCUGAUGAGGAUGUUGGGAAAAUUGCUUUGGCUGUUCCUCUUCUAGUAUCUAAAUCUUUAGAAUUAUUUCUACAAGAUCUUUGUGACCGGACAUACGAAAUCACUCUUCAAAGUAGAGCGAAGACUUUGAAUUCUGCGCACUUAAAGCAAUGUGUGCAGAGCUUUAAUGUGUUUGACUUCUUGAGAGAUAUCGUUAGUAAGGUUCCUGAUCUUGGUGGUACUGAUGCUGCAGGGGAGGAUAGACCUGCAACUAAACGAAGGAAAGUUGCUGAUGAUGACCAUAAUGAAGUAAGCGAUGAAGAUUUAAAAACGGACGUGCUGCCAGAGACUUCCCAUGCCAACGGGGGUGGCCGAGGAAGAAGGGGUGGAAGAGGCCGUGGUAGAAUUAGUCGAGUAGAGAGAGAAGCAAAUGCAGAUAAACAAAAACAGACCCUUGAUUCUAUAGAAGAUAGUGAUUCAAAAGACAGUCACAUUUCAGCAGCUGGGAAGACUAAAGACACAGUCAACGUUAGGAACUUUGACCUCAACUUAGACUUGGAUGAGAAUGGCGAAGCCAUACCCAUAUUGACUACACCGGCUACUCCAGUUGUCCUGUCACCACCACCAACUGUUGAAAUGAUUCCUGUUGAAUAUCCUGGGUGGUCAUUGGCGGAUGUGGAGAAAAUGGCAAUUGACCCGGUCCACUUUGCUAACUAUAGUGUAGAUGAAGAUGAGGAAGAUUAUGAUGAAGAAUGA